AUGUCCAAGGGGGCACUCGCGCAUCAGAUCGAAAUUCUUGAAGAUCAACUUGCUGCUGCCCUAGAAGGCAAUGCUUCUGCCGUUCGGAAUGGACCUGACCAAUCCAACGUGACAAGCCGCCAGCUACGCCGGCCAAAUCCCCCGAACGACCCCCUCCAGGGAGUCAUUCAAUUUUUGACACUCGGGCAUGAUACAAAUGGAGAACAGGCUUAUCUGGGGCCGUCUUCAGGAGUCUCCAUUGUGGAGAACGUUAGUCUAUUGGUCGAUGAUGCAGCAAGAGCAAAGCUGCUACCCAUUGACACUAGUACGCAGCAACCAGAGGCAUCAUUAGGAAGCAGCGAUGAAACAACAGCGGCCCCACCGGACGAUAUGAAUGGGUCCAAGAUCCUGGACGCGUAUUUCAACAACAUGCAUGUUCGACUUCCAUUCCUAGAUCGAUGCAAAAUCCUCGAUUUACAUGCCAACAGACAUCGGGUGUCGGAAAAUUCGCCAGAGGAGCAAUUUGAUCGAUUCAAGCUUUUCAUGGUCUAUGCCAUCGGUGCGGUCAUCCUACAGGUUACAGAAUCUUAUGAUUCAACCCCUCCGAAAACUUUCCUCGUGACAGCGCUGCGAUUUGAUCCCACGCUCAGAGAAUCAAUAUCCAUUGCCAGCAUAGAGGCAAUGCUGUUACUUGUGCUAUACAACCUCCGGACAACUUCUAACUCUAGCGUCUGGUAUAUGAUUGGUCUGGCAAUGCGAACUUGCAUCGACUUCGGAUUACAUAGAGAAGCGCGAUAUCGGAGGCUGCGACCGCACGAGGCCCAAUUACGGCGCCGACUUUUUUGGAGUGUUUAUAUCACGGAACGUUACACCGCAUGGUCUCUUGGCCGGCCUUUCAGUAUCCCAGAAGAAGAGAUUGACGCCGAACCUCCGUUUAAUAUCGAAGAUUCUAUAAAUAGCGACGAAGUUGUUGAAAAAAUUGUGAACAACCAUCCAGACACGCAGGCUCAGCAACAGAAUGCUACUAUGGGGAAAUUCAUUGCAACAAUAAGACUUCAGAGGAUCGUCUCUCAGAUUCAUACACGUGUUUACCGAGUUGACAAGCAUAUCUCUACCAUGAAACCAGAGAUUACUCCCCUGAUGUCAGCAUUACAGGAGUUUAAAACGACUCUGUCCUCUCUCGCCCUCGCGGAUGAGGAUUUUGUUCAUAUGCACUGGAAUAACGCAAUUCGUAUGCUGUUACAGCCAUUUCUCAGCACACUGCAUCCACAGGAUGAACUCAUUGGCACAUGCCUGUAUGCUUCGGGACAAAUGUGUCAAUUCUUCAAAAAGUUACGCCAGAGAGACUCAUCGGGCCAUUCAUUCUUGCUUGUGAACUCGGUUUUCAUGGCAGGUUUAACGAUGUGCUUCUGCCUGUUCCGAUGUCCUGGCCUCUGGACUCCAGCAAUAUCGAACGACAUCCGCGCCUGCUCUUCUACACUUUGUGUCAUGGCAGAACGUAAUUCCAGAUUGAAAAAUUACCGGGAUGGCCUCGAGACAGUGAUCAAUCGUGCGAUGGAGUAUGUCGAAGAUGCAUAUCAAACGAGUCGCAACGACAGCGAUAUUUGUUCCCAAAUGGCCAUUUCCAACGACCAGUUACACCCAACCGCGACUUCGGAUUCGACGGCUAGCGCCGAAGCUCACAUGCAGCCCUUGCAGAGCAACGCAUCACAAGGUCUUGGGACUUAUUUAUACGAUUGGCAAAGUAUAGAUAUCUUCUCAGAUCUCCCUGGGCUUCCACCGAAUCUGCAAAGUCUGUUUACUGGCAACCAUGCGGAUAUCCUAGAUUCACCAAUCCAUGGUGUUCUCACACAGGAUCUUUGGCCCAGUGAUGUCUUUGAUCUACCUUAUUUGGAGGAAUAUGGCCGCAGGACAUAG